AGUAUAUCGUUAUAUGUCGACAGAGCUGAACGUGUCUUAAGAAUAUUUGGCGGAGAUAUUGGAUAUGGGACUGUUAAAACUGUUCUGUGAGGUUAUCCUUUUUCCUGUGUUGUUUAACAUACAGACUGUACACAACCAGGUCAUCAAUAAGAAGGAAAGGAUUCUGAUUUAUCCUACAACGAACAACGAGCUCUACAACGUCAAAAGUUUAACACACCUCGCCAAUUGUACAGAUGAGGAUGUUUGUCGUUGUUAUAUCUCAAGCGAUAAUACUCUUGUGGCCGACUGUUCUUACUUAAAUAUCGAACUCGUUCCUCGAUUUCAUCGCAAUGUUACUGUUAUCCAUCUACAGGGAAACAAACUUAGGACUUUUUCUGGAGAAGGUAUUCCGGAAACGGUUACAUAUCUGGACCUCUCAGGAAACAGAGUAAACUCUUUCAUCGGAUUUCCUUUCAAGGAUAUGAAACAAUUGGAAUAUUUAUAUUUAAACAAUAAUGCUCUGCAGUAUACUAAGGAAGUGUUUCACGAUAAUAUUUUCCACGGAUUGACCAGCUUAAAGCAUUUGAAUAUAAAACAGAAUAAUAUAAAAUUUGCCCUGCGAAAUUUACACUUUCCAGUCGGCCUUUCUAAAUUGGAAAACCUUGAAACCCUGCUCUUGGACGGUGUUGAUAUGACUGGUUUUGAGGAAAGUUUUGAGUCAUUGACUAGCUUAAACACACUUGAUUUAUCUGGCAAAACAGGGGUUUGUCACUUAGGCAUAUUGAGAUCCAAUUUCUUUCAAAAUAUUUCUAACUUAGUGAAUUUGGAUAUUUCAGGCUGUACCAUUCAUAAAAUUGAAGUAGGGACCUUUCGCAUUUUGAAAUCUCUUCAUACACUAAACAUUUCAUCUAAUGAAUGUCUUACUUUUCGGGUACUUGGAAAUGUCACACAUGAUCUGCAAUAUACGUCCAUUCGUGUCCUUGACAUUAGUCGCUUACAUUGUACGUUUGGACCCAGUACAGUUAUACACAGACAUGAUAUUGAACAUCUUCUGAACACUAACUUGACGCAUUUGUACGUGGAGAGUAAUCGGAUGGCUAUGCUUAAUACUGGUGUCGCAAGGACACUUCCGAGAAAUCUAAAGUUUUUAUCUGUAGCAGAUAAUAAGUUGUCUUUCGGACUUUAUUAUGUAGAACUGAUAUCUGAGUUGCCAAAUAUCGAAAUAGUGCGCGCGGACCAUCAGGGGAGUCCUCACAACUUAGAGACUGGCAGUAGCGACUGUAACGAUUGGCGUGCUCCGCCGCCAUCAUCGGAACUAUCAUUUAGUGGAUCGAGUGAAUUACUCGAUUGUAACAGAAAUCCUCUGCGAAAGCUAGAUCACAACAGUAAGAUUUUAACAAAAUUUUCUUUUCCUGUUUCCUUAAGGGAGUUUUACUACAGCCAUAAUGCAAUGGAUUUUGAAAUCGGAUCACUAGUUUUUGGAGAAAAUAAUUUAGAAAUUUUAGAUCUAAGUAAUAAUCUUUUCCAUUCAUGGAGAGGACCUUUGACAAAUUUGCGGCAACUAAAAUAUAUCGAUUUAUCUCAUAACUACUGUACUUAUAUGUCUGAAUACUUUUUUUCUGUCGAUAACAUUGUCAAAACUUUGUUGAUUCAAAACAAUCUGUUAGGACUGGUUCUUAACAAAGAUGACAAUAGGAAUAUAUUCAAGAAUUUUACAAAUUUAGAACUGCUCGAUCUUUCUACAAAUCACAUAUAUGCUUUACCGACACUUCUUUUCAAACACCAAUACAAACUGCAAACAUUAAAUCUUGUCAAAAAAUGGAUAUCUAAGAAUAGAGCAUUUUUUGUGAAUUUUGAUGCAUACGAAUGUUUAUUUUCUAAUGGAACACAAGUGCCCUUUUCAAACUUUGAUGAUACUUUGAUUGAAAUAACGAAGUCAUGUGACAGUUAUAUCGGUAUCAUAGCGGUGUUUGCAUCAGUGAUUCUGUUAUCAAUUUCCCUGACCAUUUCCGGUAUCGUCUACCGCUAUAGAUGGAAACUACGGUACCUGUUUUACAUGGCAAAGACAAGAUACAGAGGAUAUACACCUGUCACUAAUGCAGAGGACGACGAUGAUUUCAUAUACGACGCAUUUAUAUCAUAUAGUUCAGAUGAUUGCAAAUUUGUCAAAAACGACAUACUGAGCAACUUGGAGGAUAAACAAGGAUUGCAACUGUGUCUUCAUCAACGGGACUUUAGUCCGGGCGUAGAGAUAGCCGAGAACAUAACUAAUGCCAUUCAUCAAAGUCGGAAAACCGUGGUCCUACUAUCUAGAAACUACCUUGAUUCACAUUGGUGUAUGUUUGAAUUCAACAUGGCUCGAAUGGAGAGUAUAUAUUCUAGGGGAGCCAGCUCUAUUCUGUUGCUAGUUUUCUAUGAGGAAAUUCCUAGCCAAAGACUUACCUCUUACGUUAUUGGAUCUGAUAGAAAGUGA